AAGUUGGCGCCCGACUCGAGUCCCGUCUAAAAUUAAACAUGGUCUCGCUUUUAAAGGAACAACGUGUUCAAAGAAAGGCAGGUGGAGUGAUGUGUUCAGUAAGUCUGAAAAUGACAGAGGAGAGACUGAGCUGUACAAAAAAGAGCCCAGAGAAGAACCCCUCUAGAGAAAAGAAAGAAAACCAUGGUAGGUCACCUUGGGCACUGCUGUCUUUGUUUUGUAAUAUUUUUUCUAUAUUGCAGGAGUCCCUGAGACUUUUCUUCAACCAAGGAAACAUGCUGGUGUUUGUAAAAUGGGUCAUCAUCAUUUCCUAUGAUGUGUCAUUAUUUGAAAGUAUAUUGGGAUGGACCUAUCAUUACUCAAACAACACUAUGACCUGGAACAAAGCAGAAAACUAUUGCCAGACCUAUUUCACAAACCUGAUGGUAAUUCAGAACUUGGCUGAGAACCACAAUCUCACAGAGAAUUUGCCACAGAAGGAUAAAUACUAUUGGAUUGGACUGCGUAAGGUUAAUAGCUCUUGGACAUGGACUGGAACAAAUGAGACAUUACAGCAUGAAUCCUGGGCAAUCAAUGAACCAAACAAUGUGAAAGACAAUGAAGAUUGUGUAGAGCUCUAUGUCAACCAAGGAAAUAAUCGGGGGAAAUGGAAUGAUGAGAAAUGUAACUCUCCAAAAUAUGCACUUUGCUACAAGGCUCAAUGCGAUGCAACGACAUGCCAGGGCAGAGGAAAGUGCCAUGAAACUUUUAACAAUUACUCAUGCACCUGUGAUCCAGGGUUUACAGGACAACACUGUGAACAUGCUGUUGCUUGCAGUGUUUCUGGAAAGCCACUAGAUGGUACGAUGACCUCUUCAAAUCCCCAAGAAAACGUCUCUGUCCAAUCCUCCUGCAAUUUCAGCUGUCUUGAAUGCUUUAACAUGGAAGGAUCACCUGAAAUAACAUGUAAUUCUUCAGGUGUCUUGAAUACAGAGGAACCAUUUUGCAAAGUGGAAUGCAAACUCUGCAGUCAUGAUGACUACACUGUAAACUGUUCGGGAGGGACAUGGAACUGGACAUGCGCAUUUCGUUGUUCAAAGGGUGUCCUGUUACUGGGGCCAAACAAGAUGACCUGUAACAGUGAAGGCAUCUGGACUGGACAGAGACCUGUAUGCAUAGACUACAAGACUUUUGCAAUGGCUGUCGCUGGAGCUGGCCUCCUCUCAUGUUCCUGUUUUAUCUUUUUUUGCUUCAUGCACCACAGAAAAAGAAGACAGAAGAUUAUCCAGUCAAGGACAGAAGACGAAGGCAGCGUUCAGCCUCAGAGCCAGACUUGAUUUCGGACCUCGGAUGCUAAUCAAACUUACCCUAUUUUUAUUGGAUGUGCUAUUACGCUUCUGAGUUUGGUGAAAAAUUUAUCAAAUAAUGUAUCUUCUGCACUGUAAAUAAGUUCCACAUUUUGUAGGCCUUUGGUCUGGAUAAAUUAAACAUACUGAACUUUGUGCUCAGAACAUGUUAAUAUGGGCAUAAUACAGCAUCAUCCACUCCAUACAGUAGAACAUCCUAACACUUCAGCAACAAUCAGCAGCACUCAUAUUAAACUUGUAAAAAAUGUCACUAUUAAUAUUUUAAAUACAGUUCUUUUUUCAAAUAUAGCAAUUA